AUGACACCGCUCCCAGACGGACCGUGGCAAUCACUUGCUGCGGACUUUGCAGGGCCUCUGCCAGGCCAGAAGUACCUGCUGGUCGUCGUGGACGAAUAUUCGCGGUUUCUAGUGGUUUCCAUGCUCUCGUCUCUAAACGCGAAAGCCGUCACGGCUAGACUGAGCGACAUAUUCGCUGUGCAUGGAAUGCCGUAUGAUUUGAAGACCGACAAUGGUCCCCCUUUCUUUGGGAAGGAGUUUGCUGAAUUUCUGCGCCUGAAUGGCAUACGGCACCACCGCACAACACCCUUGUGGACGCAAGCAAACGGCGAGGUGGAGAGAUUCAUACGGAACAUAAAGAAGACCGUCAAGGCUGCGUGUGUUCGAGGGAACGAUUAG